CUAGCUUGCUAUAGCGGCAAAAACGCAGCGGCGACUUAGACUGAUACAAGAAAUCGCAACAAACGCUCACGUUUCAACACUACGACUCGCCAAGAUCUGCGGCCGCAGUCGUUGGCAUCGCUGCUGGCUCAGCUGGCUCCUAACCCAGCACCUCUGCAGCAGUGCAACACGCCGGCGACGCGACGCCAGCAAUGGUGAACCUCCUCACAUUAAACACGCUGCGCUGCAGCCGCAAGGACGUCACCGAGGGCCGCCUCACUCUGACAACAUCAAGGGUAGAGGUCCGGCCGACGAGCGACUACGACGCGGCCUUCCUGCAGCACCUGCUCCCGUCGCUCGAGUGGGACCAGCUCGUCGCCAUGGCGUUGGUGGUUGGCGUGACGCUGCCCGCGGAAUUAAACGAGACGCUGCGCGGCGACGACGCCUUCCUCCGCGCGCUGCACCACGUCCUCUUCGACGUCCAGGUCCUCGAGGGCUCGCUCUGUUGUGCGGAGUCGGGCCAGAUAUUUCAAAUCGCCGAGGGCAUCGCGGACAUGAUGCUGCCCGAGGCGGUGGUUUAGGUUUUAUAGUAACAUUGUGAUAGUC